GGUAAAUAAGAAAAAUGGCGUACUCGGCAUGGGGAAUGUAAACAAACAAACAAACUGGAUAACGAAGACAGCCGCUGAAGUUUGAAUUGACUGAGGUUAUCUACAAAGAAUAUUGUCUCACCUACUCAAAAUGAAAAAAAGAAGCAACAGCAAACUUGACCAAUAUGAGGCUGAAGCUCGAUUAUUUAAGAAAAAGUUGAAUUCCUUGGAGAGAAGACUUCAGCACUGUAUCCAAAGUGGGCAUGCUUCGACAUGCAUGUGUCCAUGGAAUAAGGAAGAGCUGAAACCUGUCGAGUCGCCGCCACCGCCGCUGCUGCUAAUUGAGGAGGAACGCGCCGCCAGCAAUUACCGCUCGCUGGGGUACCAAGCGCCAACUCAGCGCCGCUGUCACAUGCCAAUACAAGAAGUCACAACAAGUCGAACGGUUAUCUCCAGCACGUUCUUUGAUCGCCGGGACACAGCGAGCAGCAGUAACAGUUUUUCAAAACCGAGUUCAGACAUAAGGCAAAUAACCCCCGUGGUAUUUAAAACUGCCCCAGCGCUGCUCUCGUUUGACCCCGCGUCAAUUUCUCUUGGUCUCGACACAUCACCAGAAGAAAGACCAAAGAAGACGCCGACGAAGUGUCAUCAGACGCAGACAGAACCUUUUGAUUUUCGGACACCGAGUCCACGACCUGCAGCUGAGGAACAGCUAAGGGAAAUCGAAACUGCUGUGGAAGCACCGCCAGUUUUCAUCGGCAAUGGACCUUCUGUGAAAUCAGAUAAGCCGUCUAAAGUUGCCCACGUUUUAAGUCCGCCGACGAGGGAAGCGCCCCAGCCAAAACCCGCGAUGAGAACGAAGCCUGGUGUCAAGACAAAGUUCACCCCAAGCUUACACAAAACCAAAAUCAAGAGUUCGCAGGAAGCGACCGUUCCAAGUCCUGAGGAAGACCUCUUCAAAUCGUCACUUCCCAGAUAUCUGGUGACACGGGCCAAGUCAGCCAGCAAAACUCCGUCACCGCCAAGGAAGAUCAAGAAACCAGAAAUUACGCCUUCGACAUGGCGAGAGGAAAGAGAAAGGAAAAUCAAUGAAAAGAAAAUUGACGAACAGUACGUUGAUGACUUUGAGUCCGAAGAUGAAGAAGAUAAAGGCAAAGAAGUAAAAAAGAAAAAGUCCCCUAAAAGAUUUAUUUUCAAAGCUAAGUCCCCUCCAGCUCCAAAAAUGCCUGAGCCGAAGAAACGGCACUACAACCCUUCUGAGGUGAAAAAGUAUAUAUCUCAGCAGCGGCGGCAAAGGUGUGAGGAAAAAUUUAAGGUGGAGGAGGACAAGAAAAAUAAAGAGGAAAGGACCAAGCAGCAUCUCAACGAGCUGCAGAACAGGACAAGGCAGAUCCUCCAGGCAAAUGUCAGACAGUGUAGAUCUAGUAAAUCUGCAGAAGCCACUCAUAAGUCUAAAUCUCCGCUCUCUUCUUUUGCGAUAAAUAAUCUGCAGCUGAAUUUACACAAUCUCAAAUCUCCAUCCGUGUCCAGCAAGUCGUCCAUGAGAGAAAGUAACAACCGGCUGUCCGACGAAUUUAUCGAGGACUUUGUAAAAAUGCACCAGCCCCGUCCCGCCCGGCAGGAAAUCCUCAGUCACUCAAACAGAUUCAUGUUCGAAAUAUCAUCGUGCAUAAAGGCGAAUUUGGCUGCGACCACGAUACAAGCUGCUUUCCGCGGACACCUCACUCGAAAGAGGCUAGCAAAGGAGAGAGCAACACAAAAGGCAGCGAAAUUGUCUUUCAAAGACCAGGGCACUCAACAUCACGCCGUGCCGUUCGACUUUCUGGACAAUUGCAUCGAACAAACCCAACCCGAUCCAUUCAGCUUCAUUCAAACCGUGAAACGUAAGCUCUCAGAAGCAAUUUCUUUCGCUCAGGAAAAUUCUGUUGUGACCAAAUCUGGUCCAAUGUCGACAGCGGAGGAGGAGAAUAAGUACGAAAGCGACUUUGAGAGCUCCGUCCCCACUGCUUCACCCAGUGAAGAAAUCCCCAUCGGCUCUGACUCUAGACCUGAGUCCCAGCACUCGCUGGUUUCUGUGUCGCCAGACAAGAAUGCUGAGAUCAACGCACUUGCCUCAAAAGAAAACAUGUCCUCUUUAACAUCAAUCAGUUCACCCUCGCAAUUGGUACCGCCCAAUGUGGGAUUGGUUGUGCAGCCGGAUGUGCUGGCCGAACAGAGACCAACCUCUGGUCCAGAGGGAUGCUCAGCCAGCUCAACCAGCACUGCGAGCUCAUCAACCUUGCUCUCGCAGUCUGGAAUCUCUGGAGACUCUGCUGGAAAAUGUGAUUUUGUGACGUCGUACACCGUGUACAAGUCUGGAAGCAAAACCAUCAAAGUGCCGCACGCCAAGCUGCCCGUCUCCAGCAUUCUCGAGCCGCCCAUCCACGAGAUCAAGGCUUGCUUUGUGAAUAAGAGUAUCGAGGAGCUGGAGGCGUCCAUAAUAGCCGGGUUCAAGCGGCUAGGGGAGGAGAUGAACGCAACCAGAGCGCUCUUUGAAAUCCCCCUGCCCUUGAUGGAGCCAAGGAAAAUUACCAUGAAGAAAAUUCCAACCUUGCAGGACGUUUUACCCAAGUUGACAUCUACCUUGGAAAAUAUUUACUUUACCGUGCCACAGCUGACCGAAAAAGCGAAAAAUCUUGCACAGAGUGCUUCUCAAUCCUCUCCAGAGAAUGAUGCAACAGAAGCAGACAUUAUUGAUGAAAUAAAGGAUGAGUCGGAAGAGUUAUCGGCUUCAACUAUCACAGAGGAGAAGAAGGAAACUGAGGCUCUCUCUGAAAAAACAUCCUCUGGCGGUUUGCCGAGAGUCAUGGAAGCAGUUAAAGACUUUGAAUUGAGUCUGCAAUCAGCUCAAGGCAGCCUGCAAAAUUUGGCAGAGCAGGAAUCAUUAGAAGAUAUUAGUGAGCAAGACUAUUCUUCCAAGUUUGAAGAGGAGAGUGAAAUUAUUGAAGAAAUACAGUCUGAAAGUGACACGACCCCAACAGUAUCAGACGUUCUUACGGAAAUCAAUGGAAGAGAUCGCCCGUCAAAAUUGUCCAAGUCCAAAAGUUCAAACUCCACCAAAGAAUCGCUGACAAAACACUCGUCUGGGGGAAGUGGAGAGCACGAUUCCUUUACUGUUUUUUCGCUGACGAUGUUUCACCAGCUGGUGAGAGAUCAGGAGCUGCGGGCUCGGCAGCAAAGAGCGCUUCUCAAGCAAAGGGAAGAUGCAAUUUAUGAAAAAAGCAAGGCAGAGCUAAUUUUGCUAGAGAACCAAAAAAAACAAAUGCGGAUCCACGGCACCGAAAACUUAAUACCUGGAAUAAAAAAGCGACAGCGAGCAAUUCUUUUGCGGCUCAAUCAGGAGAGAGAUGAAAUAAAGAGACUGCGAGAAUCUCAUAAAAUUGCAUCGCAAGAGCGGAAACUCAUGCUGCAGCAGCAGCAUCACAUCGCCAAACUGAAACUGGCGGCCAAAGAGAUUGCUCAAAAGCUCCAUGGAAAAGAUAUAUCCUCCAAACGUCUGCUUGAGCCAUCUCGGUGGGCAGUGCCGGAGUUGAGCGAGGACGACAGCAGUGCAGCAUCAAUUUCCCUGGACACAAGUGAUCUUUCGCACAGCAAGCAAAGCUCUGAAGCUGAAAGCACUAUGAAGGAUGUUUUGUGUGGCCUGAAGAAGCGGGAAAAGGUGAAACGGCGUUCAGAUGGAAUUGACCACAGCAAAGAAAAGUCCCCCAAGGUCCUGAAGCAGGACGUAAAACAAAAUAUAAAAAAUGACCUGAGCACUUCGCCUGUGCCAGCAUCUAUGGAAGAGGCGCCUAGUGUGAAUAUUCCCGACUCAGUCACUGCUGAGGAGACAGAAAACCCUGCCAACCAAUCAAUAUCUGAAAAAUUAGACAUCACUGAACCACAAAGUCCGUCUGCGGCGGAGAUUUCAUCCACAAACACUCAAUCAAAAGACGCUGAUUGCAGUCAAGACUCCCUCCAAGAAAGCUUCCUCAAACAAGAUCAGACUAUCUCUCCGCAGGAAGCAUCUCAAGCGGGUGGAGUAAAGAAGACGCCGAUCACCAUCAAAGUGCCUCUUUCUCCAAGGUUGCAUCACAACCGACAGAAAAGACGGCACUCGAGCGGCUCUGACGAGUCUAUAGUUUUGUCGCAGAAUGAAACUGCCUCUGAACAGAGUGAUGUUGAAAGCAGAAUUUGUGCGUUGCAUGAGCAACUGCGAAGGCGCAAGAUGGAAGCUGAAAAGUUGCGAAAGGAGCAAAAGAGAUGCCACAGAGAGCGCCUCAGGGCCAAGGAGCAGUCCUUGUUGAAGCAAAUUCAGGCUUAUGACUCAUACAUCCAACAGACCAGGAAAGAUCUGGAGCAGGAAUUUGAGAACGGCAGUGUGAAACCACAGAUCAAACAGCCGAGAGUCGCGGAGAAAACUCGUCCUUUGAAGGUUGAAAAUUCAGAGUUGGCCAUCUCUGAAAUUAUUGUUUCAGAACAACUGAAGAGUGUUGAAUCUGAAAUCAAGGAAGAAGAACAGGAGAGUUCAGAAAUAAAAGAUGACAUUUCAAUCGUUGAAAGUGAAGUGAGUCUUGUAGAGAAGAGCAUUGAUCAGUCAGUGGCGAGUGAAAAUGUGAAAACUGAAGUGGAGGAAGUGGAAGUGGACAGGGAGGAAUCUUCAAAGGAAGACACGUUGAAAGAAGACGCUGUUGAACCGCAUAGAGAAGGAGAAGGUGUGCCUGCAGAGGAUAGAGAUCUGACUCCCACGCUAAUCCUCACGUCAGAAAACAUCCCUGACAUCCCAACAGAUCAAAAUGCAUCAAAAGUGGAGAACGAUUAUACUUUGAGCGAAGAAAUUGAGGAAGCUAUCGAUAAUGAAACAUUAGUAACCAUUUCUGAAGUUUACGAAGACGAUUCCGCAAAACCUGAGGCAGUUAGCCCAGUCAGCAUUGCUGGUUCGCAAGCGAGUGUGGAGACGACCAUCGAGAGCCCAAGAAAGACUGAAAUUGAAGAACACGUUUCUACGCCACAGAAUGAAAUUGCCGAGGAAGAUAUUUUGGUGCAGGUGGAGAAUCUAAGGAGGAUUGUCGAUGAGGAUCAGGUUGACAGGAUCACAGACAGCCUCAUGAAGCGACUCUUGGAUGACACUUUGAGGAUGACCCAGGUGACCAAAGUGGUGAACAAGGAACAGAGUUUGAAAGAGGAGCUGGAAGCAAUCUCUGAGGUGAAAGAGCAGAGCCCAGAAAGGGUCAAGUCAAUAAGCCCGCCGACCAGCAGCAUCUUGGACCGCGUGCACUCUCUGCUUGCUGAGACUGGCUCGAGUUCACCACGGGACAAGACCAGGCCACAAGACUUGAUGGGUCUGACCUUUGUCGACGACGCUCUCUCGCCAGAACCAGGGUUUGAAGUGCCUGGCGUGUGUGAAGAAAUCCUGUCUGCAGCUUCGCCAAUUUUGAUAGCGCCGCUAACUCUUUUGCAAAAGGUGGAUCUGCAAGAGGGUCUGAAAGAGAACAAGACUGAGGCGCCACCCAAGGAGCAGGAGGCCGGGAAGGACGACCCCACGCAGGAGUGGUUCGACGAGGACUUUGGACUCAGCAACACCAGGAAGGAGGCCGAGCAACUUAGACUCCAGCAGCUGCAGAUCGAGCAGGAGAUUCAACUACUGCAGUCACAACAGUACUCCUGCUAUGUGCGUGAGAUCCCAAACAAACCACCUCCGCCGUACACCCCUCCGAAGGACACAUCACGCAGCCACGAUGAAGAAUCUCUGCCCGCCGUUUCAUUGCCAAACACUAAGGAGGAAAUAUUGCCCUACGUUCUGUCUGCCACAGAAAAGUUUUACCACGCCAGGCUCGCCGGGAGGGACUUUGACUCUGUCCAGCCACCGAUGACAGACGGCGAGGACACCAUUGAUACUCGCGUGGUUUAUGACAGAUUCUUAUUCGACCUUGGAAAACAAUUGGUCGAGGAAGCGUACGGACUUCCAGACGAGGACCUUUCAGCGUGGUUGGAACCAGUCUCAACGAGAAAGAGGAAAGAAUUGCUGCGUCCAAAGAGUCUGCAGGAGCUGCAGGCGCGUGUCGAGAACCAGGUCAAGAAUCUCUUUGGAUUCUCUGAGCGCAAGAGAAGAGAGAAGCUGAUCAUUCGGUGGAGCCGGAAGCGGCGCGAUCAUGUGGACGAGUUGUUGGUGCGCGAGGCGCAAGAGGAGGAGCAGGCGUGGACCAACUACGAGAUGGAUGAAGCUGCUGUGAAAAGCCAGCUGGUGGACGCGAUUUUCAAUCAGGUGCUUAAAGAUACCGUGGCCGAGGUGCAGCAAGAGUUCCAAAUCAAGCACGGGCAGAGUUGAAGUGAGACACCAUUUGGUACAAGUUACUUGUAAAACCUAUUUAUUUGCACUUGAGCCGAAAAUUAACUGAACAUAUUUAAGAUAGGUUUCCAAACCAAUCCUGGCACGCAUAAAAUAUGUAAAAUAAUGGAACAUAAUACUCGAGGAAAAUAACAAUAUCAGUUAUUUCGUAAAUGCAUUACCUGGGUAUCAAAAUUAAUCUCUAGCUACAGCUACUAUGACACAUAAUGAAGAUUGUAAAAACUGUCAUUGUUAUUGCGGUACCACACUUAACAUACAAAAUACCCUUGUGGAAUGCUUGGCAUAGCGAUAGUUGUAGUUGCAUUAAAUAUUAUUUGUUACUCCCCUGAGAUUCGACUUUUGUCAGCAUACAAAUUACAAAUGCAAGUCGGAGGUAUCCUAUCUUAAAAUGGCAUAUCAAAAAAUAGUUGCGUUGAGCAUCUGGUUCCAAAAUUGCGAAAGAGUGAUUGUGACGGCGGUUACUCGUGCACUGCGCUGACGGCGGCAGGCUGCAGAAUGACUAAACUCUGAUAUGGAUCGACGCUGGCGAACUCUCCCAUCGUGUCAGCGUUGAAAAAGGAGAAAGUCUGGCCUUGUAUUGCUUGUGGCAGGAAGAUUACUGCAAACACAAUGUAAAAAACUUAUGUAGAUAUGGUUGUGAUAUUUGUUGUUUGCAUGCAUUUUUGUGUAACAGUGGAUGAUUGCGUUCUUUAGCGUGUAUUAAAGACAACCAUUCCAGAGAGUUUGACUAAAAUGAAA